AUGUACAACGACAAAGAUAUCACCGUUGAUGACGUGUGGGAGGCAGUCAGGGGUGAGCUGAAUGGCCCAGGAACACUUCUAGGCUACCGGGCCAUGCAAAAGAAACUGAGACAGGAACAUGGGCUCAAACAUAAAGACAAGGCCUUGGGGAUUAAGUUUGAAGAGGAUACGACACCGAAGUCAGUGUUCGACAAGUUCAGAGGAAUUGGCAUUGAGGCAGCUCGACACUUGGUGGCGGUGCAGCCCUUGCAAGGAAAUAAAUUUGAAGUAGUCUUUAAGAGUGCUCAGGUAUGUAAGGAAUUCUACCCUAAAGUAGCCGGCACAGAUGGGUGCACUGUCACCAAGUUUAACGACAUUGUCAUUCACUACGUAAGUAUGGCCAUCCAUGAUAGCAUUGUCAGAAAUAUCUUAGGCAAGUAUGGUCAAGUUAUUGCAGGGAGAUUCACCACGUAUAGGGACAACCCCACUGUAUUUAAUGGUACCAGGCAGUACCGGAUGAAGGUGACCUCUGCCAUCCCAACAGUAAUCAGGUUUGGAGAUCGUAAUGCCUGGAUUUCAAAUCCCGGGCAAGUCCGAACUUGUGCCCGUUGUGGCCAACAAGGGCAUUAUGCCUGGGAUUGCAAUAAUGUAAAGUGUUUUAAAUGCUUGCAGGUCGGCCAUGUGGCAAAUGAAUGUCCAAAUAGCACAAAAUGCACCAUCUGCGGGGAGGAGGGGCAUGGCUUUUGGGCCUGCCCCAAAUCCUUCGCCAGAAAAGUUCAACUGGAGAGAGCAUGGAGUAAAUCGACUACGGCUCCACCUCCUCCUCCUCCACCACAGCCAGCAGGGGAGCGGCUUAGCGAGCGUUCGGCUGAUGAACAAGAACUUCCAGCCAAAGAAUGUCCUAAGUGUAAAAAAAUUUCCGGGCCUUUUCACCCUAGCAUUGUUUGCUUUUCAUGCAAAGGUUCUCUUCUUUCUGAAUCUUUCAGAGUUCUCGAGUGCGCCCUCUGUAAGGGCACAAAUGGUCCACCCUCCCUUUUAUGUGACAGGAACAUCUGCAGACAAGUGGUAGCCCCUGCCCACGACGACGGGUUUCAAGUCGCUCGGAGGAGAAAGGGUCCUGCAAAACGGACCCGAUCACCACCGGACGCUCCUGCCAGCAAUAAAUCCGCUCCUUCUGCUGCGGAUCUAUUUGGCUCCAGUGACUCGUCAAUGGAGCACGAACAGGAGUGUCAUAUAACUGGCCCCGUAGACCUGCAACUCUGGAAAUCGGAGUGGAAAGGGGACAUUUUAGCCAGUUACGAUUGAAAGAUGGUGGAAAGAGCUGCACGAAAGACUUGAAAAGUUCUUCAAGGCCAUGCUUGUGUGGCUUAAGGAGCAAGG